CGCAGAGCUUUAGUUGGAGAGAGUAGUUUGGCUGUGAAAGCUGGCAAUUUUAUGUACAUCUUCUUUUUGUAAGAAACUUAUUUUAUGUUGAACAAUUUCAUGUUCGCUAUUUUAUCGUGUCGCUAGUUUCAUAGAGCAAAUGCCUGGCAUAGGGAAAUCAGGCUCUAAGAGGCCCAAACUGGACUGGAGGUUUGUGCAGAGGUUCUGCAGCAUCCAGGGGGUGCUGUUCCCCUCAUGGACCAGCCAAAGUGUGCUCAUGUUUGGGACACUGCUCGGAGUCACUCUGACAGAGCAGCUGAUCAUUUACCAGGUGGGAAUUCUCCCAAGCCACUUCUACAAUGUGUUGGGAGAUAAAGACUACUCAGGCUUCAAGAGUUUGGUUGGGAAAGCCAUGGUUCUUAUUUUACUUAACUCAACGUUAAAAAGUAUAGACCAGUACAUCUGCGGCCUGAUGUAUCUGAGCUGGAGGAAGACGCUAACAGAAAAUCUUCACUCAUCCUAUUUUCAAGGACGGGUUUAUUACACCCUCAAUGUUCUCCGAGAAGACAUUGACAACCCAGAUCAGCGCAUCAGUCAGGAUGCAGAGAGGCUGUGUAAGCAGAUGAGUACAAUGGUCAGUCGUCUCAUAGUCUCACCAUUUACUCUGGGUUACUACACCUAUCACUGCUUUUACAGCACAGGUUGGAUUGGUCCUGUGAGUAUUUUUGGUUACUUUGUGAUUGGAACGUUUGCCAAUAAGAUUCUCAUGGGACCAAUUGUGUCUACGCUUUUUGAGCAAGAAAAACUGGAGGGUGACUUCAGAUUUAAGCACAUGCAGAUCCGUGUGAAUGCAGAGUCAGCAGCUUUUUACAGAGCUGGUAAAGUGGAGCACAUGAGGACAGAUCGAAGGUUGCAGACUCUGCUACAAACUCAGAAAAGUCUGAUCAACAAAGAGCUCUGGCUUUACAUUGGAGUAAACACCUUUGACUACCUGGGUGGAUUCCUCAGCUACAUUAUAAUCGCUAUUCCCAUCUUCACUGGAGUUUACGACGGCCUCACUCCUGGAGAACUUAGCGCUCUCAUUAGUAAGAACGCCUUCGUGUGCAUCUACUUGAUAAAUGGCUUCACGCAGCUAAUAGACCUGUCAACCACUCUGUCCGAUGUGGCAGGAUACACCCACAGGAUUGGGGAGCUCAGAGAAGUAAUGGACGACAUCCUCCGUAAACAGUGCGACUACGACCCCGCGUCAGGAGAGAGCUAUGACUUUGACAGUGAUUUCAAUGUCCACGCGGGCCCAGUGGACACAGCCUUCAUACUGGACCAUCUCUCUUACAAGUCCCCAUACUCGGAAAACCUGCUGGUGGAAGAUCUGAGUCUGAAAAUCAGUCAAGGCACACAUCUGCUCGUGGUGGGCAACACAGGAACAGGAAAAACAUCACUACUCAGGGUCCUCAACCGGCUCUGGGAGGCAGAUAGUGGCUUUGUCCAGAUGACAACAUGUUUUGGCCCCAGAGGAACACUUUUUCUCCCUCAAAAACCAUACCUGACCGAUGGUACACUACGGGAACAGGUGAUCUACCCACUGAAGGAUAUCUACCCUGCAUCAGGGUCAGUGGAUGAUGACAGAAUAAUCAAAUUCCUAGAAUUGACUGGAGUGUCUAGUCUCCUGAAGAGAACAGGUGGACUGGAUGAGAAUGUCGAUUGGAACUGGUAUGAUGUACUGUCUCCUGGUGAAAUGCAGCGUCUCAGCUUUGCACGGCUGUUCUACUUACAACCAAAAUAUGCAAUAUUGGAUGAAGCCACUAGUGCAUUGACAGAGGAGGCAGAGGCUCAGUUGUAUCGCAUGUGUAAACAGCUCGGGAUGACACUGGUCAGUCUGGGACAUCGUAGCAGCUUGGAAAAGUAUCAUGAUGUUCAACUGAAGCUGUGUGGAGGUGGUCUCUGGGAGUUAACUAAUCUGAGAAGAGGCACCCUUUCAGAGGCACUAUGAUAAUCACACAAUGCACUGUGAAAGAUGCUUCUGUGUGAAGGAUGGGACAGAAACAAACAUGUACUGUAUUAGUCAGUUUACUUUUAUAUAUAUUUUUAUGUCACAACCCUACAUACAUUAGGCCUAGUAUUGCUGGAUUUUAGAUGACGUGACAAAAAACUAUAGGCCCGCAAUAAAAAGGAAACGUGCCUCAGGUAUAAUUAUAACAGUUUUUGAGCAGAUUCACCAUUCAACAUUUGAGGCAUCUGGCAGUGGGACUUCAGCUGUCUGAAAGAGGAUGAGAAAAGCACACUGAAAUCUUAAUUUAGACCAUGUCAGGCCUUUAUGGUAGUGUUUACAUUUAUUACAAACAUAUCUAACACUUAGAAAAUGAUUUGCUAACUGUACAAAAAGUAUAAUAUAUUUAAGUUAAUCGAAUGUUUGUACAUGACAUACAAUAUUGUCUGGAAUUUCAUUUGCACUGUUUCAUCACUCAUAGGAAAUUAUUAAAACAUUUGUAUUUUUAA